AUGCCCAUCACAAUCCUCCCACCCUCUGCGCCGAUCGCGACCGCGCACCUCAAGCAUGAAGAUUCGGAUGAAGACAUGAGCGACGACGACGGCCUUCCCAUCCAGAGCGCAACCUCGAUCGUGACGCCCGGCGAGACUGUAACAUCAGACCCGCAAUGGAUGCGCGGCCACGGCACCUACGUCCCCGCCGAGACCACCACCAUCAUCUCCACUGUCGCCGGACACCUACACAAAACCAACAAGUUACUCUCCGUUCAGCCUCUCCGUGCACGCUACCAGCCCGAGAUUGGCGACCUUGUCGUCGGCCGCAUUGUCUCGGUCCAGACAAAGAAGUGGACGGUGGACAUCGCGGCGCCCAUGCUGGCGAGUCUGCCGCUAAGCGCAAUCAACCUGCCCGGUGGUAUCCUUCGGAGAAGAACAGCGGUCGAUGAACUCAAUAUCCGGACGUUCUUCAGCGAGGGCGAUUUGUUGGUUGCGGAGGUGCAGAGUCUCCACGGGGAUAACACGGCGAGUUUGCACACGAGGAGUCUGAAGUAUGGGAAGCUGAGGAACGGACUGUUCACUAGUCUCAGCGGGGCGGGCGGCGGGAUCUUGUCAAGGAGAGGAGGUGUGGUGAGGAGCAAGAGGCAGACUUUCACACUGCAGACUUCGGCUGGGGAGAUUGACGUUGUGUUGGGUGUCAAUGGGUACAUCUUUGUGUCUGCGCACAACAAGUCGAAGCAGGAUGAGAAGGACGUUAGCAUUACAUCUUUGGAACAGGGCGUUUCGGAGACGCUGUACUCGAGUCAGAACGAUGAGAUCGAGCCUGGCGUUGCGAGAGAGAUUACGAGGGUUAGCACGUUGGUCAAGGGGCUCGUGGCUUGCGGACGGCGCGUGGACGAAGAUAUGAUUGUACGUGUGUACGAGGGUGCUGUGGAUCUGGACGCAGAAGAGAAGGUCAUGGGUAGUGCGGAUCGAGCUGGAGGCGCGAAAGGAGUUGUGGAAGCAGUCCUGGGUCGCUUGGAGAUGGGCGGGUGA